GCGAGGUGGCUGAGCUUCUGAGUGCUCUGUCCACCAGGAUGGCGGCCCGCAACACCCAGGACCGCGAGGCCGCCCACCUGCCCACCCGGGGCCGCCCACAGCCCCCCGCCCAUGCCUCCACCCCUGCGGGCGUGGGCGGUAGUGGCUCUGUUGCUGCCACCUUCUCCACCACCACAGCCGUCACCACCCAUGUGAUGGAGAACCCCAUGGCUGCUCCCUCACUCCUCCAACACAAGACACUUAAGGAUAAAUUGUCUACGAUCUCCGCCGCCAGCAACACCACCACAACCACCACCAGCAAUACCUUCACCACCACUUCCUCCAACACUUCUACCGAAGCCUCCCCCAACGCAGACGCCAAGACCAACCCGACCCUGUCCGAUGCGUCAAGACCCGACGUGACACAGUGUGAGAAGGGCAAGACGUCGCCUGCUGCCACUACCGCUACUACCAUGCCACCUACCACCACCACUACCACCCUGCCACCCGCAACAACCCUGCCGCCCACCACCACCCCGCCCAACUCCGACCCGCCACCACCCUACCAACUCGCUAGCAGCAAAGACUCGAAGUGUGCCAAGUGGACGAGCGGCAGCGAGCCAGAGAGAGACACCUGGAGCAAGAAGGUGGAAUUCCUGCUGGCAGUGGUAGGCUUUGCUGUCGACUUGGGCAACGUGUGGAGGUUCCCUUACGUCUGUUACCAGAACGGUGGAGGCGCCUUCCUGGUACCAUACGUGAUCAUGCUGAUCUUCGGGGGUCUUCCACUCUUCUUUAUGGAGCUUGCCCUGGGCCAAUACCACCGCAAUGGCUGUCUCACUGUCUGGCGACGCAUCUGCCCCAUGCUCAAAGGUAUCGGAUAUGCCAUCUGUAUCAUCGACUUGUACAUGGCCAUGUACUACAACACCAUCUUAGCCUGGAGCGUCUACUACUUAGUGGCCUCCUUCAGCAGUGAGCUGCCGUGGACCUCCUGUGGUAACUCUUGGAACUCCGAGAACUGCACGCUCACGGCUAACGUCCACAACGCCACCGAUAAGUCUCUCACAGUCUCCCCUGCCAAGGAAUUCUUCAGGAAGGAGGUGCUGGAGGUGGACAAGUCUACAGGUCUUGGGGACUUGGGACCAGUCAAGGGCUCACUGGCACUGUGCCUCUUCUCCGUCUUCGUUCUUGUCUACUUCUCCCUCUGGAAAGGAGUAAAAUCUACUGGAAAGGCGGUGUGGGUGACAGCGCUGAUGCCCUACGUAGUGCUCCUGAUCCUGCUGGUGCGAGGAGUGACCCUGCCUGGUGCCACUGAUGGCAUCCUCUACUACCUCACCCCACGCUUUCAGAUGCUCGACAAGCCCAAGGUGUGGGUGGAUGCUGCUACCCAGAUCUUCUUCAGCUUGGGACCUGGCUUUGGUACUCUACUGGCCCUUUCUUCCUACAACAAGUUCAACAACAAUUGCCUCAGGGACGCCCUACUGACCUCCUCCAUCAACUGCCUGACGAGCUUCCUGGCAGGGUUUGUCAUCUUCUCCGUCCUGGGUUACAUGGCUCACGUACAGAACAAGGACAUCUCUGAAGUCGGCGAAGAAGGUCCAGGACUGGUGUUCACCGUGUACCCUGAGGCUAUAGCAACCAUGACGGGGUCGGUGUUCUGGUCCAUUAUUUUCUUCCUCAUGCUUAUCACCCUUGGUCUGGACAGCACCUUCGGGGGUCUGGAGGCUAUGAUCACGGGUCUAUGUGACGAGUACCCUCGUCUACUGGGCCGUCACAGGGAGAUCUUCGUCCUGUGUCUUCUUAUCUUUAUUUAUGUCUGCGCCCUCCCCACCACCACCUACGGCGGCAUGUACAUCGUUGAUCUCCUCAACAUCUUUGGCACUGGGAACCCCAUCUUGUUCAUCGUCUUUAUUGAAGCCAUGGCUGUCUGUUGGUUCUACGGGGCUGAGCGUUUCGCUGACGACAUCCAGAAGAUGAUUGGGUCUCGCCCUGGCCUCUUCUGGAUCCUCUGCUGGAAGUACAUCUCUCCUACCUUCAUAUUUGUGCUGUUCGUGUGCUCGUUCGCACUGGGAGACGGCUCUGUAGCGUUGAAUCUCCCACCCUGGGCGGUGGUCCUGGCUUGGGUCCUCACUUGCUCCUCUAUAGUAUGUAUUCCUCUCUACAUAAUCUACAUGUUCUUCACCACUCCAGGGACAUUCAGAGAGCGCAUCAAGGCUAUGAUCAAACCGGAAGAAUACAUCUCCCCGCACCUCAGCCAGAUCAAUACUCCCUAUGGAACACAUGUUUAAGACCACAAACAAAAAACAAUACUACUAACCUCACGUUCUAGUUUGCAACAACCACUAUCACUAACGUAACGUUCUCCUUUGCAACAACCACUACCACGAAACUUGCGUUCUAAUUUGCAACAACCACUUCAACCUUUACUACCUAUAUUCCUAUACCCAUUCAGGUACUGCUUUAAUGUCCCAUCAUUAUGCAGCUACCACUGUUAAUCCCAGCGGAUACAACAACCUAACAAAACCCAACUCUAACAUCAUCUGUCGCACAUCCAGAUGUCUUUAAAUAUUUGAACGCGAUGUACAAGAAUGUUGCUGUGCUGGACAGUACAGUACAUAGUAAUCACAAAAUGUACAGCAGGAAAUACUGGGAGUUUCUAAGGGGGAGGUAUUUCCUGAACCUAUGGUGAUAUGUUAAUGCAAGCCAACACAAGCAUCCUUAUUUCUCCUCUCCAAUCCCUUCUCUUCCUUCUGCGUCUGUCCUCUCCCUCUUUUAGGAUAAAUG